GGAAAUAAACUACUUGAGGUUGGUAUGUUUUUUCCAUUGCAUGAGGUUCUCAUCAUACGAGGCUUGUAUUUUUGUGUAGUAUUUUUUUUUGUUUUUCAACUUUUUAGUUAUAAGAGAGUAAUUUUACCAUUUCUAAUUAGUGGAAUUAUUUUACCGGUUUUUCUUUUUCAAACUAUAGAAAAAGAGAAGAAAAGAAAAGAAAAGAAAAGAAAAUCUCCUUGAAAAAGAAUCAUCAGACCCCACUCUCUUUACUUGGAAUGGAAAAUUGCACAUAUUUUAACCCUACAUAGAUCCUUUUUUGGGAGGUUUUCUUUUCUAUUUGUGAGAGAGGUAGAGGGGGGAGAGUUUUAGGUUGUGAAGAAAAGUAUAGCCGUGGAGUGGCCCACUGUGAGUUAGGACAACUUAAACGUGCUAUCCACGCCACUUACCAAACAAGCUAUGAUUGAAUUGAAUAAACAAGCACCCAUCAGCCUCCAUUCUUCUCUCCUUUUCCCACUUUCUUUUGCCAACUAAGAUAAUUGGGAAGCCGAAAUUCGUAUAACAAAGGCCACCAUCUUCUGCUAUCACCCCCCUUAUUCCCUGAGCCCCUAACAAAAGAAUAAGUUGAAAGAUCCAUUUUUGAGAAUGGUACUGCAGCCUUCCGUUUUUGGGUCCUCUACCCUGAAAUUCAACCUUAUGUCCAGUCUCAUGGGAGUCCCUACCCUAAAAGAAAAUCAUAUAGUUGGGGCCAUAUUUGUAAUUUAUAAUUUCUAAGUCAUUGUUUUGUUUUCAUUAGCAUGCGACCAAAAAAAUAAAGAAAUUGCAUAAAGAACAAAAGUCUAUGACAUAGGACAAGUGAUUAAACACCCUCUGUAAUGGAGUUGUUGAAGUUUAAAUAUUGCAUUAUAGGUUGUUGGUUUGGAGAUGAACUUUUUGUCAUUAAAAGGGACAUGGUUGAACUAAACAAAAUUAUCCUACGAUCAAUCAGAAACAGGUUGCCACAUAUGCAAUUAGUAUUUUUCUACUUAGACUAGCAGUAUUUCUAUUUGAGGCUGAAAGAUUAGUGGCCAUCCAUCCUUAAUUAAGAACAUUUUGACGCUUGGCAUUUUCCUAUUUGUCAGCCGUCUCGCUGUUUUUAAGCAUUAAGGUUGCUUUCUUACAACUAAUUGUCUUGGACCCUGCUGACUUGGCCUGCCCUUGUUCUGUUUUUGUCAUCAACAAAAUUAGUUUGUUUGCUCUAUGGUUACUCAUGGUUCGAGUUGUAGAAACAACCUCUUUGUAAAAGAUUAAGAGAAAGACUACAUACAAAUACGGUUUUCUACCGACCUUUCUUAAGCAGGGAGGUUCCUGCCCUUUUUGGUGGAAGUUGUGAGGGAACUGAUGCGGGGAGGGGCAAGGACAACUCAGUUUGCAGAGGUGAGGAUAAGAUUUUCUAAUCAAUCUUCAGAAGAGAGUCUGGUAAUUGUCUAUGUAUAUGCUGACAAUGGAAGAAGCCAGAAGAGGACUUCUUCCACUCAUACGAGUUGUUUGUUGAAAUGAUGAUCAGUGGUGAGAAUGAAUAUUGAGGCCUAAUAAGUGUGUAAGAUAAAGAUGGAAUGGAAAGAUAGAUUCUCCUGCCACACAGCCUCAUAUGUUAGACAUGAUGGAUGGGAGAUGUAGUGGUGUAAAACAAAAGGGAUCACUUGAAGGAGGAGGAUUCCAUUUUGAUGCAGUUGCUUUCACCUUUUUCAUCUCCUUUUUGAAGUUUUUCUUUUAUCUUAGCUGACUUUAUCUGCCUCAUGGUAGAAUAUUUAUGCAACUGUUGCAGCUAUACCUAGAUUUAGGGAAGGGGAAAUGCAAAAUGGGGUUGGCAUGGUCGCAUUAGCAAGCUUCCUGUGGGAAAAGGUUUAAGAAACACUAACAUGAAGUAGGUCAAAAACUAAUCCAAGUGGCAAGAGAGUUGAAAUGUUGAAGAAAAAGUCCCAUGUGUGAGUUUCCCAUGAGUAGCAUCUUUCUACCCUUGGGGGCCUAGUUGGUCGUCUACCAAUGAAGUUAUCUUGGGUUUAAAGGUGAAGAGGUUAAUGAUGCUAUCAUUAAAGUCUAACAAGAGAUAUUAGUCUCAUGCGUGGAGCAAGAGAUUGGAUUGCUUUUUCUACACGCGUGUACUAAAUAAUGUGAUUUUUUGGUUGUUCAUUUACUGAAUAAUCAAACACCCCCUAUUUAUAUUUGUUUUCAAAAAUGUUGAAUUCGCAUCAUUUUGAUGUUUUUGAAGUGACAAUUCUGUUUUCAUGCUUGAAUGGGAUCCAUUGUCAAAAUUCCAAGUCUUUUGUGGGUAGUUAAGAAAAUUGAAGAGCCAACAUCUUAACUAGAAACUCCCAAUGCAGUGGGUGUUAUCGGUUCGGAAUCUGUAAUGCCUUGUUUGGCCUCAAUGCAAAAAGUCUGCUUUCCCCAGUCAACUUAGGGAUCCAAAUCACAGAGGGGGUAGUCGGACAUGGUGAUUGAGUAUUGAAAUUGAUUUGGAAGCUGCCCCUGAGAAUAAAAAAAAACAGGGCAAGUUUCAAUGUCAUCGCAAUUUUCUAUUAGAUGAUUUGUCAUUUACUGUUGGGUCAUGCCACUCCCCACAUGUGUCCACCUUUUUUCGCAAAUCAAAAAGUAAUGGACCCCAAAGAUUUUUCUAAUGACUUACAGGGAAAAAAAAAAGAAAGAAAGAUUGAUCUAAUGGUAAAAGGUUAUAGCAACCUCCUUCACAGUUUGGGUUUAAAUUUUUUUCACACCGAACCCACUGACAAAUUUAUUGUACCGUGUGUGUGGUUUGUGGGUUAUUUUGUGUGCCGAUGUAUAAAAAAAAAAAAAAUACUAGUGGGGAUGAGCUAUAUAAGAAGUAGAGGUGUCUGAGGGGCAGAAAACUGCACUGAAAUAAAUGAAGGAAUAUAGAACAGUGUUGGGUAAGGAAGAAAAAAGUAGGGGAAAAGAAGGGGGCAAAAGCAACUUUGGAAACAUAGCCUCAUGCCAUGCUUGCCUCAAAUCAUCAAGAGCCAGGCAAAUAGAGAGGUGUACAUUUGCCAGUUUGCCAUGUGCUCCUAUAAAAUAACAAUCCCAAAACAACUGCACCACUGCUAGAUAGAGCUUGGUAACAAAUAGAAUAACUUAGAACAGACAAAUUGGAAUAAAGCCACUUCUGGGAAUCUCUCUCUCUCUCUCAUGGAGUUCAUCUCCCUUGGGACACAUACAAAAAAGCAUGAGGACUAGUUGUCUUAAACCAGGAGAGGUUGCUUAAGAUGAAUGCAAAUAGACAAUAAUGAGAUGUUAAUCAUUUGGGGGUUCAAACCUGGAGGUGGAAAAUAGCCUAAAGUGUUCCCUUCACCUCUUAUCUUUUUCUCGUCUGAAUGGAUAAUUCAUUGGUAAAGUGUCUCUAAACCCAUCUCAAAAGACACAUAGGGAUGACAGCAGAAAAGCCAAAUAAGCUAUAUAUGGCUGUGUUCAUGAACUUGGAGGCCAUUUCUUUAGUUCUUGAUCUACAAAAAAACUACCAUUAAGACAUAUAUAACUUAAAACUAAUAAUGAUCUUGAUGACAAUGCUGAUAAUUGAGCUCUGCUAAACCCUAGAUGAUGUUUUCCCAUCUGAUUAUCUGUCCAUUAAGACUAAUGAUUGGAUGGGCCAGCUCUGGUUCCUGGGAUUUAUGUGGAAACAUGGUGAUUAAUUAGCAAAUAUCGCUUAUUAUGUCGUUUAUUUGCAACUAAUUAACCUAACCUGAAAAGUGAUACUGGUACUUGAAAAGGGAAAGGGACCUAUCUUGUGUCUAAUCAUGAUAUUAAAUAUAAGUUGCAAAGUAAAAAAGAGCAAAAGAACAUGUGGAUGCUUAAGAAAAUCACAUGAUCAUUGAUAAAAGAAGUGAAAGCAACACUAAAUUAUGCAAAAAGUAAAGCAAAAUUUUAGGUUAUUGAGUCAUUGUCAGGGAAGAAUAUUCAUUCUCUGUGAACCCUAGAAGACAGGUCAGCCUGAAGGCAUUAUGUGUCAGUUUCUGAUUGGUUAUUUCAAGAAUGGCAAGCACGAAGGCAAUGAGCUUUUCCUCUUGAACAAGCAGAUCUGGCUCAGACAAUUUAAGUUGGUUUUAUGAAUACAAAGUAGGUCCUCUGAUUUUUCAAAUGAGGCUUUAAAGGUAGUCUCAUCUCACAAUAUUUGGUUAAGGCCACAUCUUUGUGGGUAUAUAUAGUUGACUGGCUUCAAUUGUAUCAUUUCUAUCUCUAUUUUUGUUCUCUCUCUCUAGUUCAUCCUAGGAUGGACAAUUUCAUGCAGGAGUUUCCAUUUUCCUUCCGGGGAAUCUCGAUUGGAUCAAAGAUGUUUUCAGAUCCCAAUGGAUGGAGAGCUGUGGAUGAGGCCGUUUCUCUUGGAGAUGGGGCUGACACUGGUGUCAGAUCAUCGGUGUCCUCGCCGGAUGGGUUGUUUUCCGGUCCUCCACAGUCAAAUUCUUCAGUAGAAGAUGCUUCUGCUGCCACCUUUGUAGGUAGAUGGAAUCCAGUUGACUCAAAUGGAGCUUCUUUUUCCUGUCCAAGAGAUGGCCAUAUUCCUGUAAACUUCUUGAAAUCCUUCCCAGAACUGAGCCGUCCUCAUGUAGCUGAACCAUCUUCACCUCCUUCACCUGCAGCCACUUCAAAGUUCCCAAAUCUUGGCUUGUUCUUGCAGGAACCAACCAUCUUGGAGAUAUCAGCGCGAGCCAAUGAAUCGCUUGGCAGGAGCUUAAAGAUUGAGCCGACAAACCCUUCAUCCGCCUUGUCCCAACUCGGCCAAACUCAGCAUCAUCCAGGGCUUGAAUGGCUUAAGAUCAACCAGAACUUGACAAGUUGUUCCUCAAGAGGCUUCAGUGACUACUGGCUCAGCACCACCAAGACUCAGCCAAUGAAGUACACAGGCAGGAGGCCGCAACCUCACAGCCUGAAGGCCUCCUUGCCAUCAGCUUCAUCUCAGGGAAAGUUAUUCAGAGGAGUGAGGCAAAGGCACUGGGGAAAAUGGGUUGCUGAGAUUAGGUUACCGAGAAACCGAACAAGGGUCUGGCUUGGGACUUUUGAUACUGCAGAGGAGGCUGCUUUCGCCUAUGACACUGCAGCUUACAUUCUAAGAGGCGAUUAUGCGCAUUUGAACUUUCCGGAUCUGAAACACCAGCUUAAAGCCAAUUCUGCAAAUGGUGCCACAGCUGCGCUUCUUGAAGCAAAACUACAAGCAAUUUCACAAGGAAUGAGUACUAAAAAGAAGGCCAUGGAUGCCCAGCCGGCAGCUUCACCAAGGCAGCAGUUGCCCGAGAACUCAACCCUGGAAGGCCUGAGCCAGAAUCCGGCAAGAAGAGAGAGGCAGUUUGAGCCGGAGAGCAAAGCUGGCUCUGAGAUGAUUAAUAAGAAGCCUCAAGAAGUUGUGGUAGAUGUUGAUGGUGUUCAACUAAGUAGAAUGCCAUCUUUGGACAUGGACACCAUCUGGGAUGCACUUCUAGUAUCUGAUUCAUGAAAAUAUCUACCUGUUUGGUCAUUCAAAUCAUUGUUAUGAAGCCAAAGCAGUGUUACGUCAAAUUGAUUGUGAAUUGGGUAUUGCUAUCCUUGAUCAAUAACGGAAGAAAAACACUCAAAAAGUUAUGUGCUUGUCUAUAGCAGGCCUAUUAGUUUGUUCUUUCUUCAUAAAUGAUCAUAGUUUAGAUCUUCUGCAAUGUGUUCCCAUGAUGGUUUUUCAUUACAAUGAUGCAGUUAUCUUUUUUUUGUUCUUCUUGGUCUUUUUGCUCCCUUUCUCUUGUUUUCCUUGAAUUUAGCUUUAAUGAGACAAACUUUCCUCUAACUGAUGAGGAAUGAACUUUGAUUACC